AUCCGUGCAAAACUGGACUUCCAUGGCUCCUCCGCCGCUGGUGCCUAUCCCUUUUCUUUUCGUAUUUUGUACGGGUGGAAGUUUUCAACUCUAACGUCACUCCGUUGAAAUCUCCCUCCCGUUUAACCCCGUCAAUUAUUCGAACCCCACGCUCAGCGGAUAGUGAUAUAAGUGGCGAAGUGGCGACUUUCUUGAAGGAAACAGAAGUGAAAUUAUCGCCGUUAAGAGUCACGCAAUUUUCUCUAUAUAAGCGCAUCUACAUUAAACCACCGGUGCGAAACAAAAAGGGAAAGCUUUUUUGUGAACUUCCCUGAAGACAAGGAAUAUCGUCGAAACAUAUUUGAAAUUUUUCUAUUUCGCACGUCCUGAAAAGCCCAAUAGCGAGAGGAGGGAGGAGGAGGGCCUCGAGAUCCUGUCAGAUCGAAGUGGAACUGGAAGCGAAAUUUUCACAUUAUUGACUUUCUGCGCUAGCUUCAGGAGAAAGGAUUUUGGCAAUAUCUGAUCCUAAUCUUCUUUCACGGCGGUUCGACUUAUCCGGCAUCAUGGGGAGGGAAGUUACAGGCAUACAUGUUGUGGACAAGAGGCCAAAUGCUGUCCCAGUGGCCUCAAACGGUAGGUCUAAUGACAAAGUACACAUUUCUCCCAAACUUGCAGCAGUUAAGUGUGAUGCAAAGGAUCAUGAGGUAGAGGAAAGUAGUGGAGCUAAUUCUCUUAUUGAGAAAAAUCAUGUAAAGAAUAAUGUUUUGGGUACUAAAAGCAUAAACCAUGAUGCUGUCUUGCCUGAGGAGAAGAGCGAGAAAAAUGAAAUACAUGAUAUCAAAAAGCUAAGCUCGCCUGCUAGUAGAUCCACUUUUGUAGAAGAGCAUACAAAACACUCUGAUUCAACGUUAUCUGAUCUGGCUAAUGAGAAGCAUGACUCCAACUCCCAGGCUGGUGAAACUGGUGGUAUUUUGUCACCAAAUGCUGAUAAUAAUCAUUCCCCUAGCUCAACAAAGAAUUCACAGUUUAGUUCACCUCUUCCACCAGGAAAGCUCUUGCAAUCUGAAGAUAACAAGCACUGUGAUGAUGAAGAUAAUUGGUCUGUAGCUUCCUCUGCCACAUCUGGGCGUACUGCCAGAUCUAAGGUAACUGUGGGCACAGCCCCUACAUUUAGAUGCUCAGAGCGGGCAGAGAAACGGAAGGAGUUUUAUAUGAAGUUAGAGGAGAAACAUCGAGCGCUCGAAGAAGAAAGAAGCCAGUGUGAAGCAAGGCAGAGGGAAGAGAGAGAAGCAGCUAUCAGGCAAUUAAGAAAGUCUCUGGUAAUUAAAGCAAAUCCAGUACCAAGUUUCUACUAUGAGGGGCCUCCACCAAAGAUUGAACUGAAAAAGCUGCCACUGACUCGGCCCAUAUCACCAAAGCUAAGCCGGAGGAAGAGUUGCGGGGAUGCUGUUACCUUAUCUCCAGAAGUUUGUAGUCGUGCACAGCGUCACAGCAUUGGUAGCUUCAAACAGGGAUGCAACAGCACUCCUGUGACUAAAAAAAGUAAGGAGCAGGUCAUUGGACGUAACAGCAAUGGCAGUUGCAAAACCAAGGAACGACCAAAACUGGACAAGGAAACGAAAGCGGCUCCUCCUAAUAUGUCGGACCUGGCGAAUGCAGAUAUAUCUGUCCAGUCAUGAGCUUCCAAAAAGUCUUAUACUGACCUCCAGUUGAGAGGAAAAUAGCCUUCGUGUGGGAUUGUUUGCACAAGAGAUGAACCUAUUUUCUUUUCAUCAGGAAUGACUUGUUAAACCGUUUAUGCUAACUUGAAUUGUAUAUGUUUUGUAAGUUAUAGUGGUGCAUAUCAUGUUGUAUGUAAAGAUAGAGUUGUGAUCUAAUGCCGGACUAAAUGUGAUAUUCCGCAGUCUGCCUGCCCCUUCCCGCUGGUGAGAGGAUAUAUUCUGUACGAGAAAACGUUGUGUUUCUUUCUCCAGGAAUAGUAUUAAGGGAUGCUAUACAUUGAUUUA